GUAAAUCACCAAGACGUGACGAUACAGCUUGCAAGCUUGUAUGGUGCAGUUUGUGUACAGUGUAGUUUAAACAGAAGCAGACCUCAGUCUCUUGAGCCCUGACUAUCAGCAUGGCCAACCAGGACCAAAAAGAAACUGUUCCAGUUCCUCGUCCAGAGUUGUUUGAGUUCCAUGGUGUGUCAAUGAUUCAUUACUUCACUGACAACUGGGACAAUGUGCAGAACUUCCAGGCAAAGCCUGAUGAUAUUCUCAUUGCAACAUAUCCCAAAUCAGGUACAACCUGGGUAUCCCACAUGUUGGAUCUUCUGUAUUUUGGGAAGUCUUCCCCGAAGCGCAGGGUCUCCCUGCCCAUCUAUGAGAGAGCCCCAUUCCUGGAGUUCUGCUUCCCAAAUAUUCCCAAAGGUGUAGAAUUGGCAGAAAAGAUGACCACAUCCCCUUGCCUCAUUAGAACCCAUCUUCCAGUUCAGUUCGUGCCUAAAUCCUUCUGGGAACAAAAGUGUAGGGUUGUCUAUGUAGCCCGCAACGCCAAGGACAAUGUUGUGUCCUACUUUCACUUUGACCGCAUGAACAGUGCACACCCAGAGCCUGGAGACUGGCCACGUUACCUGCAGAGAUUCCAGGAGGGAAAAUCUUUGAAAAAACGUGCACAAGACAUUGAUCGGGAGUUGGACCGUGUGUGCUCAUUCCUGGGUGUGUGCCCGACUGAGGAGGAAAGACAUCAGGUGAAAGAAGGGGUAGAAUUUGAUACCAUGAAGAAGAACCGCAUGGCUAACCAGUCCACUGUUGAUGUAUUUGACUUCAAAAUCUCUCCAUUCAUGCGAAAAGGGAAAGUUGGUGAUUGGAAGAAUCACUUCACUGUGUAUCAGAACGAACAGUUUGACAAAGAGUACAAGAAGAAGAUGAUGAGUACCACACUGUGGUUCCGGAACGAGAUUUAGGCAGGUGUCCAUCACCAAGGACAAGGGUCAGCUGCAAAUUCAAUUCACUGGCAGUUGAGAAAAAGUUGCACAGAAAGGUUUUCCUAAAAUUUAAGGUGAAGAGUGAUGAAUAGUGUGUCUUUGGUCAGACUGAGAAGGCAGACAUCAGGUCUGGCAGUCAAAUACUCAACUUUUCAGCAAUGUUCACAUUGAAAAGAUAUCUUUG